UGUUGCAUUACAGUUAUACUCUCACCAGUGUGAUUCAUAUCAUUCGGUCUCAAUAAACUUAAUUUUGAAGAAUUUUAUACCUACAAGCAACACCAAAAGAUGGGAGAAAAAAAUGGUGAUGCAAGAAGUUUCUGGAUGGAGCUAGAAGAUGAUGGAAAAGUGGACUUCAUAUUUGAAAAGGUACAAAAUGUGCUGCAGUCUCUGAAACAAAAGAUCAAAGAUGGAUCUGCCACAAAUAAAGAAUACAUCCAAGCAAUGAUUCUAGUGAAUGAUGCAACUAUAAGUAAAAAUUCAACAUUGAAAAAGCAUCAUAUUUGUGUGACUCAGAAUGAACAGGAAAAUAAGACAAGUACAUUUCCUUCUACAUCAUCUGAAGACUCCUUUCCCAAAGACUGUACAUUUCUAACUCUAGAAACUAAGAAAAUUCUCUCUCUGGCUAAUAAAGUUGUAGAAUGUAGAGGGAAAAAAUCACCUAUGAAUUUAUCUUGCCGAAGUCAUGAUUGUUCUGGUGCCUGUCUGAUGAAAAUGCCAUCUACCAUCAAAGCAGAAAACCCUCUGCAACUACCAAUCAUAUGUCACUUCCAAAGACGACACGCAAAGACAAACACUCAAUCUUCAGCACUUCAUGUGAGUUAUAAAGCUCCUUGUGGAAGAAGUCUGCGGAACAUGGAGGAAGUCUUUCGUUACCUGCUUGAGACAAACUGUAACUUUUUAUUUACAGAUAACUUUUCUUUUAAUACCUUUGUUCAGUUGACUCGGAAUUAUCAAAAGCAAGAAGAAAUUGUUUCUGAUGUAGAUAUUAGCAAUGGAGUGGAAUUAGUACCUGUUUCUUUCUGUAAUGAAAUUAACAGUAGAAGGCUUCCAUCCUUUAAGUACAGAAAGACUAUGUGGCCACCAGCAUAUUAUCUAAAUAAUUUUUCCAACAUGUUCACUGAUUCCUGUGACUGUUCUGAGGGCUGCAUAGACAUGGAAAUGAACUAUGAAAAUAUUUCAAGAAUACAGAAUCAUUCAGUCAUUAGAAGUUCUAAAUUCAAGACAGCCAUUUUUCAGCAGAAUGGAAAAAAGAUGGAACUUAUUUCCUUGGAUUCUGACACCUCAAGAGAAAACAAUGGAUUUCUGAAUUGUAAAGCCAGGAGAAAACAAAAGGAAUCAAGUUCAAACCAAGUUGGAGAUUCUGAAGACAAUCAGCUGCAUGAAUCAGAUGUGAUAGAUAUAACUAAAUGUAGAGAAGAAACUCCACCAGGAGACAGAUGUCACCAAGCAAGCACAUUUGACAGUGAAAAUAUUGAGGUUCAAAUAAAAAUGCCCCAAGAAGAAAAAUCACCAGCACAUCAAAAGCAGCAGGCCUUUGAUGAUAAGUUGCUAAGUGAAACCAAGAAUACUUCCUCAACUUCUCCAGUAAAGUCCAGUAACGAGAUUAUGUUUUUGUUGGAUGCCACAAAAGAAGGAAACGUGGGCCGCUUCCUUAAUCAUAGUUGUUGUCCAAAUCUCCUUGUACAGAAUGUUUUUAUAGAAACACAUGACAGGAACUUCCCAUUGGUGGCAUUCUUUACCAACAGGUAUGUGAAAGCAAGAACAGAACUAACGUGGGAUUAUGAUUAUAAAGUUGGGACUGUGCCUAACAAGGAAAUCCUCUGCCAAUGUGGGGCUAAUAAGUGUAGAAAAAAAAUAUUAUCGCAGGGGGCGUGCGGGUGGCGGGGGCGCCGCGAGCCCACCGACCCGGACCUGCGGGGGAGGACGGAGGGCGGGGAUUUGAGGAAGGAAAGCGAAACGGCGGCGCCGGCAUUUCCGGGAGCGCCACUCUGCACCGCCCGGCCUCCGCCGCUGGUAGCCAUGGCCCAGCCGUCCCCGUCCUCGUCGCCGGUGCCACCCGAGCCAGCGCAAGACCCCGGCGACCCCGCGGCCCACCCCGUGCGGGCGCCGCUCCCCCUCCCCACGGGUGUCUUUCAGGUUGCAGAAAGGCUGGAAAAAAGGAUAUGUGCUCUGUGCCGCAAAGGUACUGACUACAGUGUGCUAUACUUUGCACGGUCAGAGAACAUAGCUGCUCAUGAAAACUGUUUGCUAUAUUCUUCAGCACUCGUGGAAUGUGAGGACCAAGAUCCACUUAAUAAUGAUAGAAAUUUUGAUGUGGAAUCAGUAAAAAAAGAAAUCCAAAGAGGAAGAAAGUUGAAAUGUACACACUGUCGUCAAAAAGGAGCCACCGUGGGAUGUGACUUAAAAUACUGUGCCAAGAAUUAUCACUUUUUCUGUGCCAUGGAGGACAAGGCAUUUCUACAAGCUGAUGGACUCCGAGGAAUUUAUAAAUUGUUAUGCCGACAACAUGCUCCAAAAUCAAACAUCACUCAAAGUGCUGAUUGUUCAAAAGUGCAAAGGAAAAGAGGAAGGAAAAAACGUCUCCCCGCAGGCAUUCCUGUACCGCCCAAUGAGACAGUGCUGGUGGACAGAUCUGAAACACAAGUGAAGGAUGAGUCUGGCAGUCACACAGAUACAAUCAUGAAGGUUUCUUUUCUUAAAAAAUGUAAGAAAGCAGGACUUCUUAAUGACUUAUUUGAAAAUCUAUUAGAUGAACUUCAUCUGAUUCAACAAAAACUCUUGGAUGAUACUACUUCAGAAUCAGCCUAUGAAAAAAUUGGGACUUCACUUUUUGACUGUGGAUUGUUUGAAGACACACUGGCAAAAUUUAAUGCAGCAAUAGAGAAUAAAAUUCAUGAAUCUAAAGAAAGACUGAAGCAGCUAGAACAAGAAAUUGAGCUACUUCAGGACUUAAAACAAACCCUAUCCUGUUGUCAAGACAAUGGAGACCUCACAUCAACUACUACUUCAGUGUCCUCCCUGUCUUCCUGAAGUUCACCAUUUCCUAAGCCAGCAGUCAAAUAAAAUAGCAAGCAGCCUCCAAGCCUGGAGACCCAGCUUGUACAAGUUGCACUGACAUUUCAUGCACAAUUGGGUGUUUGAUACCUCUAUCGUUUCUUACCUCUUCCUCUCCAAUAAAAUGUUUGUCAGGUC